AACCGUGAUAAUACUGUUGUCACACCCAAUAUUCUUAUUGCUCAUUUAUGUGUAGAAGCCAAAUGAAAUAAUAAUGGGAAUUUUCUUUUGUUUUGUAGUUUUUGUUAGUAGUGCAUGUUGCGUUUCGGGCACUGUGAUUGCAGAUGUGGACGCUUCAGCUCUUGCGGAAAGUAUCUUUAGACCUUCCCGCUUUACUAAGCCCUAUUAUAAGGCAUCUGUGAUUGAUGGGCAGAUCGUAUUUGCAGAUGGCCCAAUUGUUAUCGAUAAUGCACACGAGGACAUGUAUUUCGUGAUCAGUUCCGGCAACUAUCCGGAUUAUUCACUUACUAUCUCGGACUCGGACAGUUCGGACCAGAAGCUGCUGCAAUUAGAGCUUAUUUCAGCUGAUACCAUUAUUCCGGAUUUCGAUGUAAUCAGUCUGGAAGCUUUGGACGAAGAUUUAGCUCCAAUAUCCCGUACCACAGUACUUCUGUUUAAUCCUAGUAUACAAUCGAAUAUUUACAAGAUGAUAUUCAAAGUCGACGGACAUGAAUACAUAAUCUUAGACUUUUUCUAUUUCAAGUGGUUUUUAGGUUUACUCAUAGUAACAGGAUUGUUGAUCUUACUCAUUGAGCUGCACGAGAUCGUUAAACACAUCCGUAUUUCCAGAAAAACUGGCAACUACGAACAACUGCAAACUGUAUAAAUUGAUUAUAUUAAUUAAAAAAUAUACGGAGGGCGACAUGGAAAAUGUUUAACUCAGGUGGA